GUGAUCCCUAGCAGACCUGACCCAUCAAAGCCAGGAAGUUGCAUGCGAAGAAAGUGAUGGUCGAACCUUUGAUGGAGGACCUACCAUUCCUUGUUUCAAAUGACGAUUUCUGGCAGUGGAACGCGUCGGGACAGGGAUGAGACGCUUUGGUCUCCCGCCACACGUCGUCACCCCUCAGACCCUGCACUUGAUGGAAUUCCCAUCUCAACAUACAACCCACGCCACACCGUCGGCAGCGAAGCCUUCAAAUACACGCCGCGCAGCUCAUCGCCUUAUCGAGGCACAGUCUAGGAUUCUGGGAGUCUCAGAUGUCAACGCUGCGAGCUCCAGAUAGAGUACACCAUCGUGUGCGAUCACGCCGUGUCGCGCUCCAUUAAUCUGGGCUACGACAAUCACAAUCCACCUUCUUCCUCCCGAUUUUCCCAGAUCUCGCGAUACCUUCACGAUGGACACUAGCUAUGCCUGGAGUCUGAAUCCUUUGAGGCCUCGCGCUUUGCCAGAGCGGGAAUGCCAGAGUGCCGAACAAGAGAAGGAGCACGUGAGCCAUGAGCCCUUAUUCGAAGGACACAAUAUUACAUUCCACCAGUUCGGCUUGAUAUUAUCUGCGGUUUUCGGAUCUAUUGCGGUCAUUGUAGCGUUCUUUCUCAUCUGGCGACAUGCCUCGCAUUACCAGAAACCGAAUGAGCAGAGAUACAUCAUUCGAAUUCUGCUUAUGAUACCCAUCUACGCCGUCGUAUCUUUCCUCUCCUACCUCAACUACAAACACGCCAUCUACUAUGAGAUUAUCCGAGACUGUUAUGAAGCAUUCGCCAUUUCUAGCUUCUUCACGCUGAUGUGCAACUACAUCGCACCGACCCUCCACGAACAAAAACAAUACUUCAGGACGAUCGAGCCGAAGAACUGGGUGUGGCCAUUGAAUUGGGUGCAGAAAUGUUCAGGCGGCCAGGACAAGGGAUUCAUGCGUAAACCACGCAGUGGCUUGACGUGGUUCAAUAUUGUAUGGAUCAGCAUUUUCCAAUACUGCUUUAUCCGACCGUUCUUCACGGUCGUCGCGGUUAUAACCCAGGCAUUCGAGCUCUACUGCCAGAGUUCGAAGGACCCUCGAUAUGCAUAUAUCUGGGUGGCAGCCUUCGAUGCGAUAUCUGUUACGAUCGCCAUGUACUGCUUGAUUCAGUUCUACAUCCAGCUGAAGACGGACCUGGCGCCGCAUCGUCCAUUCCUCAAGGUCCUUUGCAUCAAGCUCGUCAUCUUCUUCUGUUUCUGGCAGAGCUGGAUCAUCUCAUUGUUGACGACGUCAAGUGGACCUCUGAAGCCGACGAAGCAAGUCGCCGGGCCGGACUGGCGAAUCGGCCUCCCAUCGAUGCUGGUGUGCUUCGAGAUGUCGAUAUUCGCAGUCCUCCACCUCUUCGCGUUCCCAUGGAAGCCGUACGAUCUGGGGAAGCAAGGAUUCGCAUCUGAUGGAUUCUCUAGCGAGGGCGGCGGAGGAGGCGGCGCCAAGGUCAAAUACGCCCACGGACCACUUCGCGCCAUCGCCUCCGCAUUCAACCCCUGGGACAUCAUCAAGGGCUUCGGCCGCGGACUGCGCUGGUUAUUCGUCGGCGUGCGCCAUCGCCAGAAGGACAUCUCGUACCAGACCAAACUCAACAGCAACGAAGGCGGUGGAACUGGAUAUCCCCAGGGCCCGACAUUCGCCGGCAACGGGGAAGAAGCCACCGAGCUUUCAAGGCCAACUAGAAAUCCUGCUGCUACUUCUAACAGCACUACAACUACGGCCGGAAAGCAUGGUGGCCGCCGCACUGGCUACGACGAUUCAGACGACACCGCAGGCCUGCUGAGCAACUCCCAGCCCAGCCCCUACGGAUACCAGGAAUCCCACAGCGCGCUCAACGUGUACUCGCGCCCCGGCGACCCGGACAGCCUGCCGUCUGCGCCAACGCCAGGUCAGGAAUACGGACCACCAAGUCCGGCCUUCAAAGACUACGACGUUGGGUAUCACGGCGCUGCCGGAGGUCAUGCAGAUGCAGAUGCAGAUGCACGUCUCGGUCCUCCGCAGUAUCGUCCUGUUGAGGCUCACAGCCCGGGCUGGGACAUGUUUGCAGGAGCGACGAGGCCAGGCAAUAGUAGACCGUAUGAUAACAACGACGAUCUGCGGAAAAUUUAAAGUAUCAAGUACGAAGAACUAGCAUAGGUAUCUCAAAAGGAUUGGAGAUGCCUGACUGACUGAUUGAUUGACGUAUGAGGACAUACAUCAUCACAUAUCAUAUUCACCCAUAUCACAGGCGUUUUUGGAAACGAAUAUUCCCUUUGCCUAAACCAAGUCGGAGUUUAGUCGAGUUUAGUCUGUAUGAUACGUGUACACACGAGAUGGCAUUGAAGAGCAGGGCAUGAUGUAUAGGUGCAGGUAUAAUCGGUGGACGUUUUUCAUGGUAUACCCUCCCUGAACACACAUCUUCAAGGAACACAUAUUCACAAGUCUUAAAGAAAAUGGAAAAGAAGAUUUCGAAC